AGCAUGAAGCUAACGACAGUUAGCAUUGCCAAGCUAGGUUCCUGACAUUAGCAGUUUGUCAUAUCAGUUCUUAACGACAGUUUAUGUUGCCGCAUGUGUAGCGGUUGAUACUAUUUUAGCAAGAGCCUCCUCUUACUUAAAGGUUGUAUUAUUUCGCCGUCAAUAAUUAAUGUCUGAAUGCCCAGCAGUCAGUCAGUCUGUUAGCGUGUUAAGAAGCUAACAUAGCUAACUCAAGCUAACGUCCCUUUAGGAAUCCAGCAUGGACAUUUAACUUUCUUAUUGUCAAUUAUACAUCCUGUUCAGAAAGACUUGAGGCCUGUUGUGAGUAACGGGUCUGUGGAGCCUAUGCAGAUUGAUGCAGAUCCCCAGGAAGACCAGCAGAAUGCUCCCGACACAAACUACAUAGUGGAAAACCCAACACUGGACCUGGAGCAGUAUGCAACCAGCUACAGUGGAUUAAUGCGCAUAGAGAGGCUUCAGUUCAUUGCUGAGCAUUGCCCUCAGCUCCGAGUGGAAGCGCUGAAGAUGGCCCUCACCUUCGUCCAGAGGACCUUCAACGUUGACACUUAUGAAGAGAUCCACCGCAAACUUACCGAGGCCACACGGGAAGUACAAGGUGUGCCGGACACAGUGCCUGAAGGUGGGGUUGUUCCUCCUCCCCUGGACUCAGCAUGGGCUGAGUCCACCAGGAAAAAGGCUCUGCUCAAACUGGAGAAACUGGACACUGAUCUCAAGAACUACAAGGGAAACUCCAUCAAAGAGAGCAUCAGGAGGGGCCAUGAUGACCUGGGGGACCAUUACCUGGACUGUGGUGACCUCAGUAAUGCCCUCAAGUGCUACUCCCGAGCCAGAGACUACUGCACCAGUGCUAAGCAUGUCAUUAACAUGUGUCUGAAUGUCAUCAAGGUUAGUGUUUACCUCCAGAACUGGUCCCAUGUGCUGAGCUACGUCAACAAGGCAGAAUCCACACCAGAGAUAGCAGAGCAAAGAGGAGAGCGAGACAGCCAAAAUCAAGCAGUUCUUACCAAAUUAAAGUGUGCUGCAGGCCUUGCAGAGUUGGCUUCCCGAAAAUACAAACCAGCUGCUAAGUGCUUCCUGCAAGCGUCCUUUGACCACUGUGACUGUCCAGAGCUUCUGUCACCCAGUAAUGUAGCUGUAUAUGGAGGCUUGUGUGCUUUGGCCACAUUUGACAGACAGGAGCUCCAACGCAAUGUCAUCUCCAGCAGCUCCUUUAAGUUAUUUCUAGAGUUGGAACCUCAGAUCCGUGACAUCAUCUUCAAGUUCUACGAGUCCAAGUAUGCGUCCUGUCUCAAGCUAUUGGAUGAGAUGAAGGAUAACCUCCUGUUGGACAUGUACCUGGCCCCACACGUCAAGACCUUGUACAGCCAGAUCAGGAACAGAGCCCUCAUUCAGUAUUUCAGCCCCUACGUGUCAGCAGACAUGACUAAAAUGGCUCAGGCCUUCAACACCACAGUAGCAGCUCUGGAGGACGAGCUCACACAGCUCAUUCUGGAGGGGCUCAUCAAUGCACGGAUCGACUCCCACAGCAAGAUUCUCUAUGCGAGGGAUGUGGACCAGAGGAGCACAACGUUUGAGAAGUCGCUCCACAUGGGCAAAGAGUUCCAGAGACGGGCCAAAGCCAUGAUCCUCAGAGCUGCUGUGCUGCGCAACCAGAUCCAUGUCAAGUCUCCACCCAGAGAAGGCAGCCAGGGUGAACUGACACCAGCCAACAGCCAGACCAGGAUGAGCACCAACAUGUGAGGAGGAAGUCCUCUUCAUAGUCUGCACCCUGACUCCGCUGUCAGCCACAGACACACAUCAACACCAACCCAACCCCAACCAUCCCACCUACAAUGUAAAGACUCUGAUGUUCUCUGAUGAUCUCUGUCGUCCCUAAAGACGAUGUGGGGAGUAAAACCUUUUGUUAGUCUGAUGGUUUGAACAGGAUGAAAAUGUUUUUUUGAUGAUAGUGCAGCACUUAUGCUGUAAGUUACUGGUAGGAGAUGCACUUUGUUCUGCUUACACAUGAUGGAGGCCUCAUUAACAGAAACAACCUUUUAAAAUAAAAACACCUACCAAAACAUAAA